AUGUCGAGCAAGACUCACAAUUCACAAGAUUUAGGCAUCCAUGGAUCGCCUUCUCAGACAUCUUUGGAUCAACCAGGGAAACCAGAUAUUGCCAAUGGCGAGGUCGUCCAUUCGGCAUCGGGACAUCUUGAUGCUGUCUAUGGUGUAGGUGGUGUCGGACAUACGCAGAGAAGAUUGAAGGCAAGACAUGUAACCUUCAUUGGUUUUGGUGGUGGUAUUGGUACGGGUCUUUUCAUCGGUACAGGUGCAGCGUUAGCCAACGCUGGACCUUUGGGUCUACUCUUGGCUUACAGUGUUGUUGGUCUUCUGCUCUGGUGUGUGAUGGAGUCAAUUGGAGAAUUGGCCACUCUUUUCCCAACUGCUGGAUCUUUCCCCCAUUUCGCUACUCGUUUCGUCGAUCCUGCUCUCGGAUUUACUCUUGCCAUCUCGUACGGUUAUUGUUACACCAUCGCAAUUGCCUCCGAAGUUUCCGCCGCCGCUAUCGUAGUAUCUUACUGGACCGAUAUCUCACCCGCUCUCGUAAUAUCCGUUGGACUGGUUGCCAUUUUCCUCAUCAAUAUCGUGAACGUCAAGUUCUAUGGUGAAGCUGAGGUCAUCACUGCAGUUAUCAAAAUCCUUUGUUUCUUAGGCUUAAUUAUUGUUUCUCUGGUUAUCACAUCCGGAGGUGCGCCUAAUCACGAAACUAUCGGAUUUAGAUAUUGGAAAAACCCAGGACCAUUCGUUCCGUACGAUGGAAUCACGGGUAACACCGGUAACUUCCUUGCAUUCUUCAGUGCAUUUAUCAAUGCCAGUUUCUCGUACAUCGGAGUUGAGACUGUCGUUGUGGCUGCAGGUGAGACUGAAAACCCUCACAGGUCGAUCCCAAAGGCCGUCAAACGGGUUACUUAUCGAAUCUUGUUCUUCUACGUCCUCGGUACGCUCCUCAUCGGAAUGAUUAUCCCUUCCAAUGAUGCGGCCCUCACCAGUGGUACCGGUAACGCGAACUCCUCCCCAUUCGUCAUCGCUAUCAAGAACUCCGGCAUUUCUGCUCUCCCAUCUAUCGUCAACGCCUGCAUCCUUAUCUCCGCCUGGUCAGCAGGAAACAGCUACUGUUACAUUGGUGCAAGAAUGAUUGUAGCCAUGGCCGUUGAUCGUCAAGCCCCACAAUGCUUCGCCAAAGUCAAUCGCUACGGUGUACCAUACUGGGCCGUUCUCGUUUCCUUCGCCUUCGGACCAUUAGCCUAUCUCAGUCUCGGAUCAGGAGGUGCAGCCCAAGCAUUCACAUGGUUACUCAACCUCAGUACCGUAGCAGGUCUCCUCGCAUGGAUGACCCUCUGCAUCUGCUACAUCCGAUACCACCACGCCUGCAUCGCGCAAAACGUCGAUCGUAAUAACCUCCCCUUCAAAGGCCGUUGCCAACCCCUCGCCGCCUACGUCGGUGCCAUCGGUUCCGGCAUCAUUGUCAUAUUCUCCGGUUUCGGCGUCUUCAUCAAGGGAAAUUGGAGCACGGCCAAUUUCAUCGCUAGCUACAUCGGCAUCAUCAUCUACAUCGCCCCCUACGUAUUCUGGAAGAUUUACAAGAAAACAAAAAUCUCGAGAUCAAAAGACGUGGAUCUUUACUCGGGCAGAUUCGAUGGGAGUAAUGCUCCAGUCGAACCUAUACCUACGACUAUGUGGGGUAAGUUCUUGGAUUGGCUGAUUUAG